CCAAAACCAACUUUCCUCACACACACACACAUCAAUGACCGGUUCAAAGCACUAUGACACUCCAAAGAAAGCCCGGCUUCGAGGGGCACAUGCAUUUCUCAAGGCAAACGGCAUUCCUUUUCAAAAGUCUGAUCUUUUUGAAUUUUUCCAAUUUUCUAGACGGUCAGGAAAUCGGAUCCUAAAUGCAGCCUCCGAUCGCAUGCGUCACAAUCAGCCGGACCAGCCCGAAACUCGCGGACGCCCGAAAAAGCGCUCAGACGAUGACCUCGAUCAGCUGGAACAGAUGUACGAAGACGAAGGCUUUGAGGCAAAGAGGCUCUCUUGGUCUGCUGCAGUCACGGAAGCUGCUAUUCAAGCGGAUUGCCGCACAAGCUGAAUAUGCCAAUGCAGCCGAAAUGACACGCCCGCAGGCUUUCGCAGAGAAAGCUCUAGCCCAUCGACCAGAGCCAGAAGACUGGGCUAACGUCUAUUUCUCUGAUGAGUGCCAUUUCGGCUAUGGCGACGAGCGCCCUGCUCUAAUUGCCCGGAAGCCCGGUACCCGUACGGAUCCUUCUAAUCUCCAAGAGACGAAGCUGCCAGCUGACCGGGAUCUCAAAUGCUUACACGCUUGGGCUGCAAUCGGCUUGGGGUUUAAGAGCCCGUUGGUCUG